AUGGAUUUUCUUAGGCAACGCCUAUGCAAUAUUGUCUUACUCUUAAAGAUAAAAAGUCGAAUAUUUAAAGAUGUUUGUACUUUCACUGCGGAUGCUAUUGAGAUUUUACAAUAUGAUGGUGCAAUACCAUCUGAGAAAAUUAGCAUUGAACCUGAAGUUCAUCUGGAGCAAGAUAAUGAUAAAGUCAUUCGAGCAAAGAUUGCUGCCAAAGCUAAAAGGCAAGGGGAAAAUACAAUUGGAAGCUCAUUUAAAGAUAGUCUUUCUUCUGAUGAUGAUAAACCAAUAUCAGAAAUCUUCAGGGGUAAAAAGAAAAUUUGCUCUAUUGUUUUGUCUGAAGAUUCAAGCAAUGAUAGUCUGAAUUGUGUAGUGGAAUCGGUUGAAAGAGGUAACAUUGGGAAAAUCAAAAGAAGAUUUGUUAGCAAAAGGAAAAAAGUUGUGCACUUAGAUCUUUCUGAAGAUUCAGAUGAUGUUGAUACACCUGAGAAUUUUGAUGAUGCACAUUUGGAUAUGCCUCUAUCAGAUGAAUUAGUGGGGAGAGCAACUGAUUGCAAACUUGUUGAAGAUUCUCAUAUGGAGUCAUGUCUACCUUUGGCAGGCAAAAGAGUUCCACAAACACCAACACUCAAGUCAAGGAGUGGCAGAACAAUCAAGCGAAGAAUAUUGGACUGAUGAAGUGAAAGAUUUUAUGAGACUUUGAAGCAACUUUUGUAUGUACUUUGUACAAUUCUCUAGCUAUGACUUUUGGCUCUAUUACACCGUGUUGGUGACAUUCUACUAGCAUUUUGAGGUUACCUUUUGUAUGUACAUUGUAUAUGCCUCGAUGCAGUUUUUGGUUUAAUGUGCUAUGUAUAUAUAACGCAUAAUGUCUGAAAGGAUACUUAAAUAGUUUAUAUAUAAAUUGUAUUAUGUAGAUUGUUGCUCCUAGCUGUACAAAUUAAAUACUCCUAAAUGUAUUACAAUCGUGACCUAUAAGUCAAGUAUAAUAUGUCUACACUUAAAAAUGAUUCGACCAGCGCCGUUAUUGGUCCCAUAAUUCACGGAGCAAUUAUGGAAACACCGCGUCCUACGCGGUGCAAAAUUUCUAGUAUAUAUAUAUAUAU